UGGACAUCAAUUUUCUAUCCAUAAUUGAUGCGUCCUCUGAGCCAUUCUUUUACCUACUCGAAAACAAGUGAAUUGCCGCGACGAGGAUGCUCUAUCUUCGCGGCAAGAGCGCGCACCAAGCUCCUAACCGGCGGCUCGUUUCUUCCGCGUCCCGGUUUCCAGCUGAUGGAAGAUUUACAUCAAGAAGUCGGCCAGCACUUCUCGCGUCGCCAACGCUUCCGAGCAUGCUGCACGACUCUCAGAGCGUGCAGCGCAGCGCAAACAGCACCUCCUCGUCGAGCAGCAGCCUUCCGCGCGGUUUUGCGCAAAUUGAAUCCCUGACAGAGGAGAUCCGACGGAACAAAAAUCAGGGACAAGCUCCCGGCGCACAUUCAUCCGCUAUCACCAAUUAUGACAGCGGUGGAUCGUCGUCGUCGACAAACGAAACUGCAGAUGAGGACGUCAUGGAUCUCGAUGCGGAAUUGCUGCUGUAUCAAGCGGGACGAGAUUCUGGAGGGCUGAACGAACAUCAACACUCGACUGCUGGUGUUGUUAGAGGCUUGAGCAGAAGACCGCUUUCCGCAGUUGACAGGGACAGCUACAUUCCGACAGCACAGGAAGCAAGCGAAAAGAGGCUGUUUGAGGAAGUCAUCUCGGAGAGCAGCAGCUUCGCAUCCACGUCGUCCGGUACUGGUAGGAAAAAAAGGGGACGGAAGGGCGGCGUAGGCUGUGCCGCUGAUGAUCACAGUCAUGUUUCACCUCAGGAAGAGGCUGUCGGAGUAGAAACUGCAUCUGAAACUUCUCGAGCCGCAGCUGCACAAAAUGUACCAGAAGGGGAAGAUGACAUCGAGCUGGUUGACCAGUUCGGACGACUCCUUGAUCCUCAAACCGGCUUGCCCUGCGCUUCUGCUGAUGGGGUGGAUGAUGAUGACGUAGACGCGGCGUCGGGGGGAAAAGGUUUUACUGCGAAAAGCAAAUCAGCAACCACAGGUGAACGCGAUGAACCGGCUAGGCCGCGUGCCGAGGCGGCGAUUCACGAGGAGGUGCGAGAUUCGCUUGAUUACUUUUCCGACAAGUUUCUGAAAAGCAAGAGAUCGGAACAGGAUGUUGACACGGCAACUUCUACACCUGACAGUCCCGAUUACAGCGAGGACGAAAUUCCAACAGUGGAGCAAACCGCGAAGAUGACGCCGGCGCAGCUGUUUCUCCAGGAGAACCGAGAGCGACUCUUGAAAAAAGCGCAGCAGUACUACUUCGAGCGGGAAACGCGCGACAUGACGACGAACACGGAAGAGGACUGGGCGUACUUCCAGGAGCCGGUGGUCCGGCCGCCUAAGGGGCACUUGUGGUCCAUGACGGAUGAUUUGCAGAACGACUUCGAGGACACGAAUCGAGCCCAGAAGGUCCGCGUUCGCCCGGAGGACUUCCAGAAGGGGGUUCUCCCUUCCCCGGAGCUUUUGCGGGACCUGCUGCUGCAGGAGGAGGCAACGGACGUGCGGAUUGUGAAUUUAGAGGAAUGCGGGCGGCGGGACGUGGGCAGUUACGUGAUUACCGCGACGGGGCAGACGAGCGAGCACGCCGUGCGCAUGGGGCGCUUGCUGUUCAAGACUGUGCGCGCCUUGGAGAUCCCCUUUGUGCGGCCGUUCUGCUCGCAGCAGCGGCACGACCAGUGGAUUCAAGCGCGGCUCGGCCCGAUAGCCGUGCACAUCUUCACGCCCGAGAUACGGAAGUUUUACAAGUUAGAGGAACUGUACGAGUCGCCGGAAACGUUCUUCCGACCGGGAGACUUUCCACACUUCGCGCUGGACAGCAUGGAGUACGCGAUGCGGACUAAUUUGGUGGAACCGGACGACACUGUGGCGACGGAAGUCUUGGAAAAGGUUUACGAUUCGGAAAGGGAUGGAAAGGAUGAAGUUAGUCAGCUGCUGGCGACGCAGUGAAUGAUGAUUUUAAAGGAUUCGGAACAUCAUGAAGAUGUUAGUAUAAAUACGAUCGUCACGACUACAGAACGCUGCGAAUAAGUCUUUGUCUAGGUUUCAUCGACCCAACGCCCACACCGGAGUUGUCCGUUGUUGGCGUAUGCUCUCAGAGGUAGCAAU